AAUGCCACAACUGACUCGCCCUCAACAGUCAACACGUGCAGAGCCUCAGGACCUCGCCGGCGGCCUUGGACCUCGCCCCCCGCCGCGCGCCAUGGACUUCACCCUACAGGCAUCACCGUCGAUCUCCCAUGGACCUCGCUGGCGCCGCGGGCCUCGCCGCCAUGGACUGAUGGACCUCGCCUUCGCUCCGCAUGAACCUUGCCGCCAUCCCCGCGGACCUCCCCGGGGCCCUGCCACGCGCUGUAGCGUCUCGCCGGUGAAUUGGCAAAUUGGCCCAGUUUUAUCAGGGUAGGUGUGACCCACAUUCCCCUGAGUUCCAAAGCUAUAUUGCCAAAUUUGAGGAAGCGGCCUUCAAUGGGGCCAACAAUAAGGAACAAUACUUGAGGAUUCUAUCUACCAAGUUGAUCGGUAUGGGAAAAAGACUGCAAGAAGAGCAAGAGCGACAGAUGCAGUUACGUCGUAGCCAACUGCGAUCGGAUAUUGCAGUUCAAGUUCAUGCUUUACAUGGUGGCAGUUCUUCUUCAAUGCCACAGGCGGGGAGGAGCGGUAGUCCAAGAGGGCCAUCUUCUCAGAUGACACCUCAAGCUUCAGGUCUAGUGCCAAACCAGCGAAUGGUCCAAUGGCAUCCUUACACUCCAAACAUGCAGACUGACGUUAUGCAAGAGCAGACUGACGCGAUGACAUUUCUGGAUCAAUUUCUAAACUUUGAACCCACGGAGAAUGCUCCAAUGGCUCCAGGUGUCCAACCUGGAAGUGCCAGAGAAGUUGACCUAAUAGAGAAAAUGUUUAGGCAGAUCAAGUCUUGGAAUGAGGCUUAUUUCUCGAAGUUUAUGGAACUGGAUCGAGGAAUUGUUGUUCAAAACUUAACAGAGGAAAAAUUAUCAUCAUUACCCGAAGACAUAGCUAAAACUUAUCGAUAUACAGCGACUGUGAAGAAAGCAACCAGAAAGGUGCUGAAUUUCUUACAGUUGCAGAAAAGUAAUUUGCACGAGGGUAUGAAGUCUGAUUUCCCGAUGGUCGAAAAGCUAAUACGUCAUUUGCUGGGUGUCAUCGAAAGUAAAAUAUCUCGCAAUGCAAAGAUGAAUACAGGAUAUCAGUUGCAAAAUUGUGGUGAGCAGUCUCAAGUCGGCAAUGCAGCUCCAGCCACUGGCGGUAAAAGCGCAAGCAUUUUGCAGUCAAGGCGAAUAACUGUGGCUGGAACUCCACCAGCUCAUCAACAAGACAGUAGCAACCACUUCCUAGGAGUAGCAAGUUCUUGUUCAAUCAGUGCAUCAGGAACAUUGCAGUCUUUGCCUACAAAUAAGCUUGAAUGCUUGACUCCAUCACCAGUUGCCAAGUCAGCGGCUACACCUUCAGCUUCACCCUGUGCUUUGGUGAAGCCCAUAUUUAUAUCACCUGUCGAGAAGCCGGUAGUAGCACCAGUUGCUUUGCCCUGUGAUCCGGUGGUGUCCAUACCAAUGGAUUGUGACAGCAUAAUUGCCUUCUUGUCACACGACAAUGCAGCAACACCAGCACAAGACCCAAUUGCAAAUGGUUCUAACCAGGCCACUCCUAAAGCAACAACGUCAGCUUCACCACUUCAGACAGAGACAGUAGCUGGUAUGGCAGAGGAUCAGGUGCACGGUGGAUCUGCAACACCAGUAGGCAGCAGGCCCAUCAACCGCCUAAUUGACGCAAUACGGUCUUCAUCACCGGCAGUGCUACAGAAAUCAGCUAAUUCAAUCCGGUCUGUCCUCAGCAUUGGUGACAUUGUACCACCUGGGAAAAUUGGCACAAUUUUGGAUUGCAAAUUCUCACAUCAUCAGCACGGUGGAUUUAAUGCUGUGGAUAAAAUGAAGCGUGUUUUUGAUCAUACGGAAUUACAUUCUGAAUCACUACCAUUCGGAAGCGCUAUGCCAUUUGAGUGUGAUGCCUCCGGCUGCGGAUCCAGCAGCGAACGAAGCAUGAAGAGGCACAAAACACAGAAUGCAAAUGAUGCUCUGUUGGAAGAGGUAAAAUCUGUUAACAACGUAAUGAUCGAUACAGUGAUCAGCGUGACUAGUGACUGUGGAACAGAUAGGAACACCUCUUGCGGCAAUGGGACCGUAAUCAAACUCUCAUACAGUGCCGUGUCGCUUGACCCAACCCUGAAGGAACUCCUUGCAACAUCAGAAAUGUCUCUAGUCAUGCCAGAGAAGCUCUUUGUCCCUGCUGACUAUCCGAAUAGCUCCCCUGUGCUUAUCGAUGACGAAAGAGAUGACCAGAUAAGGAACAAGUUCAGUAACAUCUCGGCGUCGGUGCACGUGGCAUUCCGGCGUGCACUCAGUGGCCUCCCGGAGCCUUGGUCUAUCAAGGAGACAGCGAGGGCGUGGGAUGCCUGUGUGAGGAAGGCCGUGGUGGAGUUUGCGGAGGAGCAUGGCGGCGGGACGAUCAGCUCAAUGCUUGGCCGGUGGGAGAGAUGUGCUGCCGCAUGAGAAAUGGAGAAUGUAUGAUGCCGUUUGUGUGCCUUGUUUGUUGUACAACAGGAAGAGAAGAGAGGGUAAGCUGGUUAGUCCAUGUACUCCUUAGACAGAUACUUAUGCAUGAGUAACAAGUUUAGGCAGUGGUGGAACUCUGCAUAUCUGUUAAAAUUGACUCUGUUGAUGUAAAAUGUACUUCUAGUGAUGGAUGUAAAAUGUAUCACCAAUUUAUGACAAUUUGGAACAAGAACUGCUAGUGAAAUGACUGGAAGAUAUUGGAUUGCUAGAGGAUGGAUGGCACAAUUUUAUCAAUUUGAAAUAAUGAACGUCUAUGUGUGCGUUGUUGUGACGA